AUGUCCCAGAGUCUUGGAAAACUGAAUUCUCCUUAUUUACCGGUAGCCCGUACGUCAAAAAGCAAAAGAGCAAGUCCGAAUCAUAAAUAUGACUUCGCCAAAAUCUACGUAAUUUCGACGAAAGCUGCAAAUUAUAAUCGAAACGCAAUGGAGAAGAAUACAAAAGCCAAAGCCCAAGCUAAUACCAGCGUAGAAGCUAAACCGAAGCCUAGAAAUUGGUCAAAUAACCCUGUAAGAAGUUCUUGUGACGAUGGACUUAAUAAAUUAGACUAUUUGAACACAAGAAGCCUUUUGGCCAGAUCUGGGCUAUUAUCACUGCAACAGAGAUUGCUACAAAUCGAGCUUACAAAAGCAAUGAAAAACUUAGAUUCUUCUUUUAUAGAGGAGCUAAGCUGCUUUAACCAAGAUAAUACGUUCGAGAAACCGUUUGACAGCCUUUAUGAAAAAUAUUCACAUUCGGGAAAUAGUAUGGGAAUUAGAAUAAGCGAGAAUUAG